CAGGAGCAGCUGAACAUGGAGCUCAGGAUGAGACAGGACCAGCUCAUCGGCAGGAUCAAUCAGCAACAGGACCUGGUGGACCUGCUGCAGCAGCGUGUGGUCCUGCUGGUGGAGGCGAGCGCCCGGGACGAAGAGCUCCUGCAGCAGGUCAGCUCAGAGCUGCUGUGCCUGCAGAGCUCCGAGGUGAAGCUGGAGGGCCUGGUGGAGGAGCUGCACGCUGAGGCCCAUCGCAGAGCUGUGGUGGCAGAGAGCCUCGAGGAGGAGCUGCACGAUGAAGCCCAGCGCAGAGAUGCACUGGUGGAGAGCCUGCAGGAGGAGUUGCACAAUAAGACGGUGGAGCUGGAGGAGCUACAAGACACCAACCGAACUUUGACAGAGAAGCUGAAGGAUUUACGUUCCGCUCAUCAGAGGGAGGUGAGGGAGCUGCAGCUGGAGAACGAGGGGAGUCUGAGGAAACUACAGGGGACAGCCGAGCAGUUUGAGUGGCUCUGUCAGCAGCAGCGCUACUGGAUGUGUUGUGUCAAGAGAUUCAAAGACUGCCUGAUGGAGGAGAGAGACGCUCUGCUGCGACAGGUCAUCAUGUUGAAAAAGAAGGCUGAGAAGCUACAGAAGAGUUUACAUGAUGACAAUCCCACACAGAACGUCCUAUGUCCCUUACAGGACACUAAGUGCUGCGACAGCAGUAUAACAUCGUGGGACACAGAUGAAAUGGCUGACCUGCAGUCUCAGCUGGAGAAGUCAAACAUGCUGUAUAAGGAGCUCUUUAACCAGGCAGGGAGCCCUAUCAACGGAUACCAAAAACCUCCUUGAGGACAGAAGCCUGGAGCCAGGGCUCGUCUUCUUUUUCUCUUCCCACCUCCUGCAAACCAGAAGAUAACCACUACAUGUUUGUGUGUGCGGUCAGCUUUGUGGAGCACUUCCCAGCCAUUGUCGUUAAAACCAUAAAACCUUGGACAAACGUACCUGUGAAACCAUACAUCCAUUGUUUUUCUUACACCAUUGUUCACCUGUCUUGAAAAGAAUCUGCUUGGUGAUAUAUGACUGAAUUAAAACCGUGUGCAGUGCG